AUGGCUGAAGAAUUGCAGGAUGGUACAAUGGAACCUACCUUACGUGAACUACGAUGGUUUCGUCGCAAACAAACAGACGAAUUGCGAACUCUAAUGGGAAAACUAAGGGAACUUGUUAUGGAGAAAGCGAGUCGCACAUUAUUACGUUAUGUGAUGUCAUCGACGGAAAGGGCAUUAGAGGAAGUAGCUAAAACGAACAAUGAUUUAAUCAAACAAGUGGGUGAAAAGGAAAGUGCAACAGAAACAGAGUGGUUCAAGAGGCUUGAGACUGAAGUGUAUAAUCAAAUAAUGGAGACACAUGGACACUUGAUGGAACGAAAGGAUGAACCAUCAUCGGAAGUUGUAUCACAGAAGGCACCCAGUGUAUAUUCAACAACAAGUUCAAAAAUUGAAGCAAGGAAAUCUGCUGAACGAACAAAGCUCGAAUUGGAAAGUUUACAACGAAAGAAAGAGAUAGAAUUGCAAAGAGAGAAAGAAAAGAAUAGACUAGAAGAAGAAAAGUUACGUCUACAACAUGAGCAAGAACAACGGAAACAAUCUAUAGAACAAGAGGAACGAGAGUUGAUAAUGCAAACUGAAGCCGAAUUAGCUGUUGAAGAGGCACGGACAAAGCAUUUUACCGCACAAAUGGAGCUGCAAGUUGAAGAACAGAUAGAAGAUCGAGCGAGUCGCCAUGGUGAUUGGAAUGGAAGAGUUAGCCCGUCCAUAGCUCAAGUGGAAGUAACCUCUCAGCAGAGAACGGAAGUGCACUGUGAACCAUCAACAAUUCCUGGCCCAGCAACCACACAGAGUGACGGUGUUCUUGUCAAACUGGCAGAAGCAAUUUUCAAGACAAGAGAUCCGCAGAUUAAGAAGUUUGACGGAACCCUGAGCAAAUACACAGCCUUCAGAGCAACAUUCAAGAAGUUGGAACAGGAAAAACAUUAAACCAAGGAUGAGCUUUUGGACUUAUUACUAACACAUACAACUGAAAAGGCGGAGAAUGCUCUUCGGGGUAUACUUCCGGGCAGCGGAAAAUAUACUAGGGCUUGGGACAUCUUGAAAGAACGAUUCGGUGAACCAACCCAAAUCAUCCAAACAUAUGAUGAUGAAUUGCGAAAAUUUACUUCUGUCAGUGAAAGAAACGUGGAGCAGCUGAGGUCGUUGGCGGAAACAAUUUCCAGUUUGGUGGCGGUGUUCGAGUCACUGGGGAAGGAAGCCGAAAUACAAUCUAGUUACCAUGUGAGAGAAGCUGUCAGGAAGUUACCACCUUCUUUAAAGUUAGCAUGGGCAAGAUACGAAGGGGAUGAUCCAAAGCGAGCUACGCUGGAGACCUUUAGAUCAUGGCUAGAAAGACAAGCCAAGAUAUGGGAACGUGCAUUUGUGGACCCUCUGCAAGAAAGAGGUCAACGUGAAGCAAAACCUGCCUACAGAAGAUCCAACUACAGAACUGAUGCCCAUCACACGGAACAAAGGGCGUGCCCUUUCCACGACAGAGGACACCACCCACUGGAACAAUGCCGAAUGUUCAAAUCCUUGAGUAACAAGGACAAGGAAAAGAUCAUUAGAGACAAAGGACUUUGUCUAAACUGUUUUGGAAAGCAUAUCCGAAAGCAAUGUAAGGAGAAACUGAAAUGUACUGUCGACAAUUGCCAGCAGAAUCAUCACUACCUACUCCAUGGCGUGGGUAUUUACCCCCGGUUUCCUGAAAGAAGGUACAAACCACCAAAUGCAGACCUGACAGGAGAACAAGGCUCCUGGCCGGAAACUAGUCAAGAGAAGAAAAAGGAAGAAGUUCCAGGCAAAGAAAACCAAUCUUCCAAUGAAGUACAUACCAGACGAGUUGCAGCAAGUCAACAAAGAAUUGUACAUCAGAUCAUACCUGUUAUUCUGUAUGGGCCGAGUGGGAAAAGGAAGACGAUGGCAAUGUUGGACAGUGGAUCAAACGCGACACUUAUUAAGGAAGAGCUAGCCCACCAAUUAGGAUUCUCGGGGAAAACAAAUCAGUUAGUACUGGGGGGAGCAAAUACAGACGAAACGGUCAAGUCAUGCGUAAUACGCAACCUGACAAUAUCUGGCACAGGGAGGCGAAGAAGUAAAUACACAUCGACAAAGUUCUUACGGUUCCACAAAUGAAUAAUCCCACAUAUGCAGUUGAUUGGACAGCAGAAACAAGGUUUGAUCAUUUCAAGGACCUUGAUCUCCAACCCGUUGAUGCAGCUGAAGUGCAAUUGGUAAUUGGAGUGGAUUCUUAUUUCCUUCAAGCCCCGCUGGAAACGCGAGAAGGACCCCGUGGAACUCCAGUCGCCAUCCGGACACGACUUGGUUGGUUAGCAUUUGCAACUCUUCCAGCGGAGGAUGAUUCCGAUGUGCCUGUUCGAUGUCUUGAUGUGGAACACACAACUGAACUUGGAACCAACAGGGAUUUUCAAUGGCAACUCGAGCAGUGGAUCAACAUGGAGACCAUCCCACCUGUGAGAAACAAGACUGAAAUCCAUUCAGUAGAAGACCAGAAAGCAUUGUAUAUCUUGCACACAACUACAAAAAGAUUACCAUCGGGUGACGCUUUUGAAUCAGGAAUCCUGUGGAGAGAUUCGGAGGUCGUGCUUCCGAACAAUCGAAAGGCAGCAGAAGCGCAGCUACACGCACUCGAACGCCGCUUAGAUCGUGAUCCGCAGCUGAAAGAAGCUUAUCAGGCAUCUAUCACCAAUGACGUGGAGAAGGGGUACAUAAGGAAGCUAAAUAAACAUGAAGUACAGGCGACAGUCAGUAACAGAAUAAACUACUUGACGCAUCAUCCCGUGAGAAACCCAAAGAAGCCGGGCAAAGUACGGCGCGUGUACAAUGCGGCAGCGAAAUACGAUGGGAAGUCUUUAAACGACUUUAUUUAUACAGGUCCAGAUCUACUAAAUCCACUGUUUGGUGUGUUACUCAGGUUCAGACAAGGACGUAUAGCACUAUGCUCAGACAUUAAAGACAUGUUCCUGCAGAUGCGAGUAGUAGACGAAGAUCUUCCAGCACUACGGUUCCUAUUCAGAGAUUCGAAAGAUGAAGAGCCAAGUGUAUACCAAUGUUUAAGAAGACUUUUUGGUGAACGCUCAGCACCCACCUGCGCCAAUUACAUAAUGAAACGAAAUGCGGAGGACUUUCAACAGCAAUACCCAACAGCCGCUGAAGCUGUGAGAAAGAAUCUCUAUCUCGAUGAUUCACUGAAUUCGCUAGACGAUGAAGACGAAGCCGUUGCCCUACGUCAAGAACUAACCGAGCUUAUGAAACACGGCGGUUUCACUCUCACGAAAUGGUUAAGCAAUAGCCAAACUGUGAUGAAAGAGAUCCCAGAAUCUGACAAAGUCCCAACGAAGGAAGUGAAACUUGGUGACUUACCGACAUACCAAGCUCUUGGCGUGCAUUACAACGCUCAGACGGACAGCCUGCACUUAUCAGCUCCAAAGAAACCUCCAGCCAAGACACCACGGGAGAUCCUAAGUCGCAUUGCCUCAGACUGGGACCCACAUGGAUGCCUAAGCCCGUUCACAAUUCUAGGACGAGUACUUCAGCAGCAACUCUGUUUGGAGGAAGUAGGAUGGGAUACCGAGAUUCCAGAGGACCAGCUCAGAGAGUGGAAAAAAUGGGAAGACGAAGUCCAGGCAGUCGAAAGCGUCACAGUUCCUAGAUGCUUGAGAUCCUCUGAUGACACCCCAAGUGAGGUACAACUACAUGUAUUUUCCGAUAGUUCGAAACAAGCAAAAUGUGCCGCAUGUUAUCUACGCUUUUCCUUUCCUAAUGGCAACGUACAUUGUUCCCUCGUCGCCGCCAGGUCGAGGGUCGCCCCCAAGAAGAGAAUGACCAUACCACGCCUGGAAUUAGACGCAGCUUGCAUGGCGGUAAAGUUGGCGCUCACGUUGAUUGAGGAACUAGAUUAUCACAUUACAGCGGUGACAUUCUGGAUUGAUUCUAUGGUCGUGCUUCACUGGAUUCACCAACCCAGCAACAGGUAUCGCGAUUAUGUUGCUCAUAGAAUCGUUGAUAUUGGAGAAGAUCUCAAGAAGUUAGAAGCAGAUGGUGAAAGAAGGGUGCAAGUAAAGUAUGUUCCAACAAGUGCGAACAUCGCCGACGCCGGCACAAGAGGGCUUAAACUUCCAGAAACAACAUCUGAAAGCACCUGGCAAUGUGGUCCUGAGUUUCUUUAUCACGCUGAAAGUAUGUGGCCCCGACGUCCUGACGAGGGGGAGGUAAUCGACGAAGAACCGGAACUAAGAAAACAAGCCCAUACACGGUCGACCGCAGUUGAGGAGUCAAAACAAGCAAUCAUGAACUUAAAUCGAUUCUCGUCUUUCGAGAAAGCAAAGAGAGUAGUCGCAAACGUCCUAAAGUUCAUCGCCCUGACGCGUGAAAAGGUGAACGCGAGAAAGAUUGGAUCAACCCAAAGCCUCACAGCCGACAACUUGCACCAAGCGGAAAUGCUAUUACUUCAACAAGCACAGAUCGAAAGCUUUCCUCACGAAGUGGAAGCGUUAACUAAUGGCAAACCAAUCGGCAAGAAUUCACGCCUAGUCAAGCUCUCGCCGUUUAUCGACGCAACCGACGGAUUAAUAAGAGUCGGAGGCCGUAUACAAGACGCCCCAGUAACAUACGACACCCGUCACCCAAUAGUUGUCGAUGGAAAAUCGGAGAUUGGUCGCUUAAUCAUUACCGAAUCUCAUCGCCGACUUAGUCAUGGUCCAACCGACUACGUAUUAAGCUCAAUAAGGACACGCUAUUGGCUAGUGAAAGGCAGAUCGGAAAUCAAGAAAUAUGCAAAUAAAUGUCUCUACUGCAAAAAGCGAAGAGUAAAGCCGAUGCCACCUCGCAUGGGGAAUCUGCCCAGACGAUGCCUUACACCGUUCUUACCUCCGUUCAUGCACACCAUUGUUGACCUGUUUGGUCCAAUCUACAUUAAGCAGCGUCGAAGUGAGUUAAAGAGAUGGUGCAUGUUAAAGAGAUGGUGCAUUGUUUUGCUGUGCAAAUGUAAGAGCCAUUCAUUUGGAAGUAGCCGAGACUUGAAACUGAUGCGUUCUUGAACUGUCUCACUCGUUUUGUGAAUCGCCGUGGCUACCCCAAAACGAUCACUUCAGACCGAGGUACAAACUUUGUAGGAGCAGAGCGAGAGAUGCGUGAAGGAUGGGAGCGGCUUGCACACAAUCGGAUAGAGCAGAACCUUACCAAGCACGGAACUGAUUGGAAUUUCCAUCCACCAAAUGCCCCUCAUAUGAAUGGAGCGGUAGAAAGAUUGGUAAAAUCCUGCAAACGAGCUCUUCAUGCUAUUCUUUUAAAUCGACGCGUGGACUCAGAUGUCUUGCAUACUGCAUUGGUAGAGGUGGAAGGUAUCCUUAACUCACGACCGAUUACACCAGUCAGCUCCGAUCCACUUGACCUCGAGGCGCUGACUCCCAACCAUAUCCUAAUCCAUCGACCCAACCUGAAUUCACCCUUCGACGUAGUGAGUGAUCGUGAGAUAAACUCGAGGAAGAAAUAUCGGCAAGCACAAGUCCUCGCAAAUAUGUCUUGGAAUCGAUGGCUUAAAGAGUACCUUCCAUUAUUAACGAAAAGAAACAAAUGGACAGAAGAAGUGAGAAAUUUGGAGAAGGACGACUUAGUACUGGUUGUAGAACCUAAUGUAUCCCGUGGCAUGUGGCUCACUGGGAGAGUUUUGCGUUCGUUCCCUGGCAAAGACGAAAGAGUCCGAAGUGCAGAA